AUGCUGUGUAAAGCCUGCAAUUGUGCUGUAAGCAUAAACGAAAUUUUGAAAUGCUCACAUUGUGCGGAAAUUUUUCACCAUGGCUGUGUAAACAUAACGCCCAAAAAAUAUAAGAAAUUCCUUGCGAGUGGUGCACGGCAGUGGAUCUGUCCGAUUUGUGAUAUCAAAUAUAAAUAUUUAAAGGGCGAUAAUACGCCAGUUCGCUCGCAAGUUACCCGCAUACAAUUGUCGGCUGACCAAACCGAGUCUAAUACUCCAUCUGGAUCGCCACCUUUGCCUCCUGCUCGGUUAGACGUCUCCACCAUGUCCAUUGAGGACUCGCAUGUAGUUGAUAUUUCGUGCAACCAACAAGAUGUGAUUUCAUUUGAUAAGUUUAGCGCACUAAUAGAUCAGAAACUCGAAGGUAUUAAAUAUAGUCUAAUUAACGAGAUUGAUACCAGAUUGCACACUAUUAAGUCGUCUUUGAUGAGCGACAUCACGUCUAGAAUGAAGGAUGAGUGUGCCUCAGUUACCCGGGCACUAAAAGACGACCUAAACCGGACAACGGAGUACCUGGUUGGUGAACAGAAGGACUUGCGGAAGGCGCUUGAGACAGCUGAGGAAAGGAUUGUGGCUUUAGAAAAAGAUAAACUGGAGUCCGAGUCCCUUUUUAAAAAUAUGCGUCGGCAGAUGGAUGCUCUUGACAAGGCGUCUCGAAGCCGUAAUUUGGAAAUACAGUGCAUACCGCAGAAGCGGAAUGAGAACUUGAUUUUUAUAUUUAAAUCAUUGUGCGACUUAAUUGGCCACCCCAUGUCAGAAGGCGAUAUCUCUUCAAUCAAGAGAGUAGCAUCGCUCAACCCUAACUCAGAACGCCCACGCAAUAUUAUUGUCAGUCUACCCUCAACUCGACACCGCGAUUCAAUAAUAUCAGCAUUUAAAAAUUAUAACAAGAAGAACCCUGUUAGCUCUGUCCACCUCCAUAUCCCAGGGCCUGCAAAUCGUUUAUUUAUUGCUGAACACCACUCCUCCACUUGUAAAGCCAUUUUCGCAGCUGCAAGAAAAGCUUGCAAAGAGAAGAAAUAUAAAUAUUGUUGGGUCAAGGACGAACGUGUGUAUGUCAGAAAAGAAGAUGGGGGGGCUGCGCUUUAUAUUAGGGACUUAGAAUUUGUGUCUAAAAUAGUUUAA